UGUAUUUUCCAUAAGGAUUAUGGGUACAGCAUCGGACAGUUACAUAAAUUUGCCGGAAGAACAACACAGGAGAAUGCAUAUUGCUUUCUAUCCAAAUCCAGAAUGAAAAUUAUACUAUAUCGUUUUGCUUUCGCAGGUGCGUUGGCAUGAUGCAGCGGUUUACAUGUAUCGCCACGUGCCGUGAGCUCCGCGGGUUAGUAAAGCGCUCAUACGUGUCAUCGCUGGCCUCCACCUUGAAUAGGACCUGGACCUGUUCCACAAUGCCAAAACAUCCCCUAUGCCGUUCAUCGACGUCUAUCUAUACGUGCACCGCGGGUCCGCUUGUAGAACCGACCGCACGAUGUAGCUUGCAUAACUUGCGGCGACAAAGUGGGGUUUUCUCCCAUGAGAAAUACAGACACUACUGCACAGAGAGCGAGAAUGAACGGAAGCGCACUGGCGGCCAUGGUCAUCAUGGCAUCACAGUUGUCGGCAUCCCUGAUCCACUCACGUGGAUUCGGAAUAAAGUCCACAUCUACCUGAUAGAACUCUAUUUUCAAUUGGGCAUUAACAAUGUGGAAUUUGACAAUGGAGUCAAGCAGGCACUGGUCCAUGUCUCCACCAUGAUGUCCAAUGGCAACUUUGAGGAGCUGAGAGGGUUGGUAUCAACAGAGAUGGUGGUCUAUGCGCAACAGAGGUGUAGGACUCUCUCAGAAACCCAAAGAAGACAUCUAGCUAUCUCAUUGGACGAUAUUAUAUUUAUUCUGCCAGAGGAUGUUUCCAUAGUUUUUGAUUCAAAUGGUAGGAAGUUUUGCUUCAUUGUGAUGAGGUUCUGGCAUAUGUCCACUGCCGAUGUUCCUGAGGACCCGGAGAGUACCAAGAUAUUCAAAAUGGCCGCCACUGAAGAAGAUGGCCCACAGAAGAAGAUAGUGACAGCUGUCUAUGAAUUCCACCGGGAGCUGACUAGGGGAGCUGAACCUGAUUGGACAGUCACUAACAUCUGGCACUGGCACUGGAAACAGAUUGGGUGAUUGGACAAGACCCAUGAACACCUCUGUCACCAGGAUACAGCAUCAGACCAAGCAUAUACAGCACCGUUUACCUAAUUCAGUUCCGACAACAUUCAACUCAACAAAACACUAUUAACCGACAGGACUUCAAUCAGCAGGACCAUUGUACUCAGCCAAGCGCACCCAAACUCAACUGAACCAUUACAAGUCAACAGAAGAGUCACCUUGAGUCCUAGCUGCUUUGUAGGGUGGACUGGAUGGAACCAGAGCCCUACACACUGAAAUACAGACGUAUUAUUGCACCCUAAGUUCUCCAAUCUGAGGUUUGUUGAGAACAAUAGACUUUAUCUGAAUCUCCUCAGCAUGAACAAUUAGUGCCUACAAUAUCCCUGCUGUUACAGUUUGUCCCAGAACAAAAUAAACUGCUUCAUGGUGAUAC